CCGUUAAAAGCUCCAGCUGUUCUAACGGUUUUAACGGUCGCGGCUCAGGUAGACGCGCCAUCGCUAGCCGGUUCCCGCGUCCUCCGGAGGCCGAUAUAGCAAGAUCGCUCGCUAGGAAAGGUUUCAUUUGUUCCUCUCCUUGAACUUUAUGGUUUUGGAUGUGGGCGAGAAGCAGUUGAGGAGCGAUUUGGCUUUAACAGCUGGGGAAGUCCGGGGCGGGGGGAACGAGAAUUUGCCUUGAGGAAAAAGAAAGAAUUUGCUUUUCUGGAAGAACAAGUUGAUAUUUAAAUUUCUGUAUCACUGCGGUGGGGUGGUUCAGGGUGGUUCGGGGUGGUUUCCACCGGUUUCCACCGGUUCCCACCGGUUCCCACCGGUUCCCACCGGUUCCCACCGCCUCCCACCGCCUCUCCAGGGAUGACAGCGCAUGUGACCUUUUGAGAUUUGGCCACUUGUUGAGUACUUGGUGCGACUUUUGGGGACGAGUUGAUCUUUUUUCAUCCUUUCUCUUCCUUGGCUGUGGUGGGUGGGGGUCGAGGAACGACCAAAACUCUCAGACUAUAUAUAAUUUUGAGUUUAAAUAAUUGGUAAACUAGCAAGUUGAUUCACUGUAAUAUCUUUUAAUAUUGAGACGCUGAUUUUGAGGCUUUGAUGAUAACCUCGUUUGAUCAAAGACGAAUAGUGCAGCCUCGCUCUUUUACUGUAAAUACGUAAAUGAGGAGAAAGAAAAUAAAGACGUAGGUUGAGCACGGUCGUUUGAUUACUUCGUCUGUUGGGGAUCGCUUCCCUCCCUCCCCAACCCGGUUCUCCCCGAAUUCGGACUGCUCUAGGAUUUUAAACUGGUUUAAUGUUUCCAAAUUGUGAUUUUUACAAGCAACUUCUCUGUACGAUGUUUUAUAAAGAAGGGCAUGGGCUCGAUUCAGUGCUGGGCGAUGGGAUACAGUUUGGGCGGCGUUAUCCCCCAUUUGGCACAUUUUGUAGUCCCUGAAGUUUGAUACGGACAGUAGAAGGGCUGCUUUUGAGAGUCCGGAUAGGAGUUUUAGAAAUAGAUUGUUCAGUGUAUUGACACACCGUAUGGUUUUAAAAAUUUUUUUUUGCGGUGAUCUGGCUGUUGUAAUGUGCCCUGUUUUGCUGUGUAUUCCUUGCAGUUUGUUUUCGGGUGGAAACGCCGCUGUUUUCAUCCCUCACCGUUGUGAUAGGUUGAUGGCAAAUGAAUGCCUUGUACCUUGGGAGCAGACUCUUCAAAUGACUUGAAAAAUGUUUUUGAAAUGUCUUAAAUGUCUAAAAAAUGUCUUAAAAAGUCAGAUGGCGUUUUAUUCUUAUGUUAUCAAGAGUUUAGAUUUUUAGAUACGAAUGAGCUUCGUAUUAAGUAAACUAAUUUUGCAGGAUUUUGAAUUUAAUAGCAUAUUAAUUUUGCAUAAUCUAGUCAUGGUUGUGCUCUAAGAGAAUGUUGCAGAAACUUUAUUUACCUUGUAGGAAGAAGUGAAAGGCAGAUAAAAUUUAUGCUGUGCCUGCUAUCAACUAGAUACAAUGUUGCGUGCUUAACUGUGUCACUUGGUCUUCACAGCAUUGUAAAGUAGAUAUUAUUUAACUUUAUGGGUUAAGAAAUUGAGGCACAGAGAGUUUAAAUACCUGCCUAAAGCAAAAUAGCAAAUUUUGCAACUUGGCCUUGGAUUCAAUUAUUCAAGCUCGGUUUUUUGCACUAUGCCCCAGUACUUCAAAUUGACUUACAAGAAAUAGUUGCUGUAUGUGCAAUGUACAGGUGCAAGUGAAUGAAAAUUACAUGAUAUGACCCUGAGGUUUUGUUUUACAUGUGCUCCAUGAUGAAUCGUUCUAUUGGGAGGAUGUUGUAAUAAAAUAAUAGUAGCCAACAUUGGGUGCCCUUGCUAUGCCUGCCAUUGUUCUCAGCACUUGACAUAUAUUAUUAAUUCAUGUAAUCCUUAUAACUCUAUGAAGUUGCUACUAUUAUCCCCAUUUUACAGAUUUUUUUUAAAGGAGAGUGAAGUUAAGUAAGUUGUCCAAAGUCACACAGCUAGUAAAUUGAGGAGCUGAGACCCAAAUCCAGCUAUUCUGGCCCCAAGCCUAAGGUCUUAAUGGCAUUUAAAGUUGCCUCAUACGGUAGAAAUGUUGAGAGUCCAGUGGUAGACUCAAUGCUUGCUGCUCCUGUGUCUAGCUACAGCCAAGUUUUAGCAACAUUGUAAUUAACCCAGCAGGGAAUUGUCUGAUUGUAAGAGUCUAACAGCGAUUGGCAAACUUAGUCUAUAAAAGGCCAGGUAGUCAAUAUUUUAGGCUUAGAGCAAGGGGACAAGUGGUAAGAGGUGACCUUAGAGGUAAGGAGGCUCCUGACUGUGUAAGGACCUUACAAGCCUUAAUAGAAGUUUGGAUUUUGUUUUGUUAUUGUUAUAGAAGGGAUUCCAUGUGAUUUUAAUAAUGAAGUAAGGCACGUAGAGUCUGGAGCCAAACUGUACAACCUAACUAGCUAUGAGGCCUAGGUAAAUGAUUUCAACUUUCUUUGCCUCAGAUUUCUCUUAAGGGAAAUAGGGAUAAUAAUAGAGCCUGCCCUGUGGGGUUGUCAGGAAUACUAAAAGAGUUAACAUACAUCAAGUACUUAGAAUAUUGCUUGCCAGAGUAAGCAGUAAAAUCUCUUAGUAGUAUCUGUACCUUGUGGUAUAUUCCAAAUUUUCUAUAGUGAAACUAUAUUUAAUGAAAAAAAAAAUAUAUGUAUAUAUAAAUCAAUAAAAUAAAAUUGUUAGAAAUACAGUGAGUAUAAGAAAUACUAUUAGAGUUGGGAAACUUUAAUUCACUAUUCUCAUUCUGUGAGUUCAAGUAGAGGUACAAGAUUGCUCUGCAGGGUUCUUUGUAAGAGCAAAACUUUAGAAGUGACUUGAAUAUCUGUGAAUUGGGACUGAUUAAAUGAAUCAUGGCCUGUCUGCAUGGUAGGAAACUAAGAAGUUGUUAAAGUGACUGCGGUGUAUCUAAAGGUAUUGCUUUGGAAAGACUUCUCCCACCAUCGAUUAAUUACUUUUGCCUGUUUUUGAGUUUUAGAUCAAUUGAAUCAGGCACUAUAUUCUCUUUUGUGUCUGGCUUUUACUCAACGUUACCGCGGUGAGAUUUGCCCUCUUGUGUAGCAGUAGUUGGUUUAUUCUUAUUGCUGUGUAGUCUUACUUUGUACGAAAACACCAAAGUUUAAUUGUUCAUAGCUUGUAUUAGUCUUAUAAUCAGAAAAAAAUACAUAUCGUUUUAAAAAGUAAAAUCUCGUUGAAUUAUAGCUUAAAUUGGAGGUAUUUUAUAAUUUGAAGUUUUCCCACAGUAUUAGCCUGCGUUUAUCUAACUUGAGAGUUAAUUUUCCCUUUAUUCAGACUGUUGUGACAGCCCUGGCUCAGGAUGGAUAAAGGGAAUUAGCACUGUCAUUAAUGCACCCUUUCCAGUACUAUGAUGUCAGGGUUCAAACCCCUACUACAAGAUAUAAUAUGAUUGCGUUGCACUGUGUGUCUUUUUCUAGUUGCAGAGUUAAAUGACUCAGAACCAUAACUUACAUAAUUCUAGAAGAUUUUUUGGCUUAUAUUUCACAUACAUUUAUUUAGGUUUAAUAUAAAAUUUAACUGCAGAAUCAAUCAUAAUCUUAGAGCUGAAAUGACUGUAGAGAUAAUCUCAACCAGUUUACACCUGGCAGAUGAGGAUGUGGUGUCUUGAGUGGUUUGCCCAGCCUACACCUUGGCGGGGGCCCAAGCUGGAACAGACUCCUGACUCCCGAAGUAAAAAAAGCCUUUCUGAGGUUCCUUUAUAGAAGGAAAAGCAGUUAGGAAUCCUGUUCUCUUGUUUCCAGCAUUGCCUCUGUAACUUUUAAAUUGUGAAGCAUUCACUUCACAAUUUGGAGUUGUGUUUGAUCUUUAUUCAUAUUCUUAGGUGUGGGCAAUAUAGCCCUUCAAUUUUUAAAGGUUUAUUCUAAAUCACAAAUGGAAAAUUUCUUGUUUUGUCACUCUAAAAUUCAACUGGACUCCCAGUUCGAUUUGGCAUUGUGAGAACAUAACCAUACUAAGUUUAUUAAGGUAGUGUGUAAAGUAACUUUUUAUGCGUUGGCUUUUCAGGAAUAGAAGUUUUACCUCCUAGGUGACCAAGCAGUUUCACAAAUAAACUAUCCAGCAAGUUUAAAAAUAAUAAGGACCAACUCAGAGGAAGUGGAAUUGCUCCUGUUGCACAAAGAUGUCUAGCUGCUCCAGUGACCCCGAUGUGAUAAAAACUCGAAUAUCUACUUGUGACACUUGUGACGGUGAUAACACUGUUCUUUAUGCAUAUGAACCAAAUACUGCAUGUGUCAAUGAUGCAAGUGUUGUGUCUGAGGCAUGCUGCCCCGAAGAGCAACAAAAAACAGUUGAGGAUGUCCUGAGUCAUUGCGAGGUCAUCUACGAUGCUAUUAAAAACCUGGAUAAGAAGUUUGAUGUCAUUACUGGAAAGGUUUCAAAAAUUUACCGUAUGCGUGUGAAAACAUUGUCGCAAAAUCGUAAGCUGCUUGGAUAUGCAUACAAAAGUUAUCACCUGCUUUCUAAAAAGAUCAAAUUGCAGAAAUCAAAGAAGAGGGCGUUGUCUCCUUCUUCAUACACUUGCCAUGAAAGUUAUAGUCCAACUGUACCGGUAGAAAGGGGAGAAAAUGAUUACCAGAGCCAUGCUUACCAUUCAUACAAUUCCCCGGAUCCGAAAGCGGAAGCAAUCUACGACAAUCAGGAUAUAGGCCUCAGCCCUACUCCAUCAAACCACUCCUCCAUCUUCCAACAUACCUAUCAGCCAUAUUACACUCCCGAUAAUCCACCUGAGGGCUACCCUGCUGGUCCCGGCUUUCCCGACACAGGGCCUCAAGGCACCAAUAGUAUCUUCUCAUCUGUCCAAACUUCCACAGCAGUAUCUACAGCCAUAAUGGCCCAAGGCAGAGCCAGUGCAAUUAACAACGCUGAGAUGAUAACUUACCCACCUUUGCUGGAAAAUAAUACCCUCAGCUGUACUACCUCAUCUUUCUGCAUCCCGGCUGGCUUCAUUGGAACUGACCAGCCUAUACUAAAACAAAGCUGCACUAGUGAUCCUUCAGCCUGGUCCAUAGACGAAGUGAUCCUGUUUCUGCAAUAUACGGAUCCUCAUAUGCUCACCUACCUCGCUGACCUCUUCAGGCAACAUGACAUUGAUGGGAAAGCUCUGCUACUACUCAAUAGUGACAUGAUGAUGAAGUACUGGGGGCUUAAGCUAGGAACAGCUGUGAAAUUGUGCCACUACAUCGAAAAGCUUAAAGGAGGAAAAUACUUUAACUAUUGAAAAAAAAUUGUGUAGAUUUAGAUUGGACUUAAUUCUAGGAAGACCAAUGCCAUCUUGGUGUAAAAUAAUUUUUCUUCCCUUAGAAGUUUUUGUUGUGUAGAAGGUUCCUCCAAAAAAUACGUUAUAUCCAGAAUUGCAGAAGUCCAGUCCAGUCCAGUCUACUUCUUUAGAAACCAUGUAAAAUGUUAAUAUUAGCAUAUUCACAUUAGACGUUUGUUAUCUGUAUCUUGUUAUUUUAUCAUACAGUUGACAAGUAUACUUCAUGUAGGAAACAGAAAAACACCUUUGAUUUCAGUUAACGUUUAUAUAAAAAACCAAAACAGCUAAAUUCAAGGGGGAAAGUAUCAGGGAUUGACAAGUUGUCUAAUGAAUAAUCCAUGAGAAGCUUUCCUUAGAAGAGAAUUUCAAGAUGCAACUGCAGAUGCUGUCUCAUUUUCAGAUAAGUGUUUAUCUGUUACUACAUUGUUCUACCAGUUUUCAGAAAGGGAAUAGCCAUAUAAAUUAUUUUCUUUUUGUUAUUAUUUCUCUGUAUGUUGUAUUUGUAACUAUCUAAAGAAAGAAGCUUACAGACUUAAAGUGUUCUUACCAGUGUUUUGAUAAGUUAUAGAUAGAAUGGUCAUUUUAUGCAAUAGAUACACUACACGGGUUGAAUGGGUGUGGAGUCUGAUUAUAUUCUUUUCCAUUAAAUAUCUAUUAUUCUAAAUCUUUUACUAUUUUGCCUAAGCUCGGAUGUUUAACUAGCUCACAUCUAUUUGUGAAGAUACCUAUGUCCAAGUUUUUAAAAAAAUACGUAUUCUAUUGUCUGUGUGUAUUCCUCAUAUGGAUACACAAGUGUUUAUCUGUUACUACAUUGUUCUACCAGUUUUCAGAAAGGGAAUAGCCAUAUAAAUUAUUUUCUUUUUGUUAUUAUUUCUCUGUAUGUUGUAUUUGUAACUAUCUAAAGAAAGAAGAUUACAGACUUAAAGUGUUCUUACCAGUGUUUUGAUAAGUUAUAGAUAGAAUGGUCAUUUUAUGCAAUAGAUACACUACACGGGUUGAAUGGGUGUGGAGUCUGAUUAUAUUCUUUUCCAUUAAAUAUCUAUUAUUCUAAAUCUUUUAAUAUUUUGCCUAAGCUCGGAUGUUUAACUAGCUCACAUCUAUUUGUGAAGAUACCUAUGUCCAAAUUUUAAAAAACAUAUGUAUUCUAUUGUCUGUGUGUAUUCCUCACAUGGAUACUGUUUCAUGUUUUAUUCUAUAUCUGAAGCAUACACACAAGUAAAUCUUUUCUUUUUGAAUUUAAAAUGGCACUUUGCACUUCUACAGAGGUAAAGAUUAAGUCUAUAUAUAGUGAGAUGUUUUUAUUCUGUAAAAAAUAUGCACAUCACUAAGUACCUUUUGGCUCACUCUUCAGGGUUUCCACACAGGGAAGUUCUCUGUCUUGUGCAAUGUUUCUAGUUAAUUUGCUUUCUGAGCCAUUUAUCGUACUAAAUUUUGAAAGGUGCAUUCUGAUUUGUUUGGGACUUUAUUUUAAAUAAUAGAACUUUCAAGCAAAACAUGCUCACUCUUAUUUUAUUUUUUUGUUAUAUAAAAUUUGUUUUAAUACUUAUAAGUUAUGAGAACUGGUGCUAAGUGUAUUAGCCGUUUGUUCUAAAUGCCAAUAAAAUGUUCACCAGGGGCCAGAAUAUACAUUUUCUUUUUAAAAAACCAAGUGUCCUUUAUAAACAGAUACAACUGUUUACUGAGCAUAUAUGAUUUAUAGAGUGGUUUUACCUGUGCUAUUGCUUUUGUGUUAUAAGGCAAGGUUUUAAUUUACACUUUUUUAUUUAUUUAUACUUUUAAUCUUCUCUCAAAUUGUUUGUGUGAAGAUGCUGUGCCCGGUUGAACAGUCCUCAGGUGUUUGUAUAAAUACUAUGUUUUACAGUUGUCAGAUUUUAAAAUAUAAUAAAGUUAAAU